AUGACUUCUAGCAGCAGUGGAAACAACUCUUCUAGGGCUUCUCUUAAGAGCUGUCUAAAGCCUUCUGGCCGAAGAGCUGUUUCUAUAGCUGGUCAUUCUGGGACCUCUGUGCCCCAAAGCUACCUUUCUCCUAGCACUAGAUCCAGUCCCUGCCUGGCAAAUAGCUAUCAAUCCAGUGACAGUCUCCUCUACACCUUUGGGUCACCUUCAGACCAGCCAAAUCUCAGAACCCUGCCCAGAUGCCACUCAAUGAGUUCUCUUCUGGGGGCCCAUAACAUCCCUGCCAAUGUUGGCACCUGUAGCUGGUUUGGUGACGUUGCUCUCAAUGGCAGCGAGAAGGAGACCAUGCGGUUUUUGAAUGAUCGUCUGGCCAACUACCUGCAGAAGGUGAGGCGACUAGAGCGGGAGAAGGCAGAGCUGGAGGGCAAAAUCCAGGAAUGGAAAGAGUGCCAAGUCCCCAACAUAUGCUCCAACUAUACCUCUUAUUUCAAGACCAUUGAUGAGCUUCAACGAAAGCUCCUGUGCUCAAAGUCAGAGAACUCCAGGUUGGCUGUGCAGGUCGACAACGCUAAACUGGCUGCGGACGACUUCAAGACUAAGUACAAGAGUGAGCUAUACCUUCGACAGCUGGUUGAAGGUGACAUAAACAGCCUUCACAGAAACUUGGAUGACCUGAGCCUAGCUAAAUGUGAGUUGGAAUCCCAGGUAGAGGCCCUGAAAGAGGAGAUGCUGUGUUUAAAGAAGAACCACGAGCAGGAAGUCCACAACCUGCAAUGCCAGCUGGGAGACAAGCUCCGCAUUGAGCUGGACACGGACCCACCUGGGGACCUCAACCGGAUGCUGGGCGAGAUGAGGUGCCAGUAUGAGACCAUGGUGAAGACCAACCAGAAUGAUGUGGAGCAGUGGUUUAUCGCUCAGAGUGAAGGCAUCAGUCUGCAGGCGCUGUCCUGUUCAGAGGAGCUACAGUGCUGCCAAUCCGAGAUCCUGGAGCUGAAACGCUCUGUGAAUGCUCUGGAGGUUGAGCUGCAGGCUCAGCACAAAAUGAAAGAUUGUUUGGAAAAUUCAUUAACUGAAUCUGAAGCUCGCUAUAGCACCGAGCUGGCCCAGAUGCAGUACCUGAUCAGCAACGUGGAGGAGCAGUUGGCUGAGAUCCGGGCUGACCUGGAGAGGCAGAACCAUGAGUACCAAGUGCUCCUGGAUGUUAAAGCCCGGCUGGUGUGUGAGAUCUCCACCUACCGAAAUCUGCUGGAGAGGGAGGACAGCAAGCUUCCUUGCAACCCAUGUGCAACUUCCUCAUGCCACACCCCAAAAGCUCCCACUUUGGGCUCCUCCCCCUCCAGCAUCCCAAAGAGUCAAGGAACUGGAAUGGCCAGCAAUAGAGCCUUCUCACAGGGGAAGUUCUGA